AUGUCUGAAGAGGAAAAGAAGGUGUACCUGGAGGAUUGGAGGAGUGCUAAAGAAUGGGGAGGGUUUCUCUAUAGUAUAGAAAGAUGGGAACGGAUAGCUGAGGUGGAGAAGAUAGUGUGCAAUGCAUGCAAGGAGAUCUGUCUUGGGCUGAGGGAGGAGGAGCUUCUGGGAUUGCUAGCCGAGGGAGGUAUGAAGAAGACUUUGAAAGAGGAAUUCAGCGAAGAUAAGGCCAAAGAUGCAAGAUAUCUAGAAUAUAUUGUUGUUGAUGACGUGCUGUUGCUGGAUGCACACAGAGAAUAUGGAGGAGAGGUCACCAAAGAGUUGGUUAGGCAGAUGCUGCUGGGGAAGGAGGGAAAGGAUAUAGACAAAAGAUAUGUAGACAGGGUUGCAGGUGUAGUCAGAGAAAGACAGAGGAAAAGAGAAGAGGAAACGGAAAGGAGUGUGAAAGAGCUGGUGGGGGACGAGGAGAAGGCGAAGAGUAAGGAGGAGAAGGCGAAGAGUAAGAGGGGGAGGAAGGGGAAGAGUGCUUCUGCACCCUCGGAACAAGAGGAGGAGAAGAAGGAGAGCGAGGUAGAGGAGGCUGAGCAGGGCGGGGAAGUAGAGGCGCUGCCGGUGGAGGUUGGAGGUGCACGCAGCAAGGGGGGCAAGAAGAAGAGCAAGGGUGGUCGGAAGUGUUUCAAGAUCCACAGAAGGGUUCUUCGGUGGACGAAGAGCCCUGAGAAGAUCAAGGAGGAGUGGGACAAGGGAAGUGAGGAGAGGUGGAAGGGAAGGUCUCUUGAAGAGAUCAAGGAGCAGAAAAUAGUGCAUGAUAUAACGGGUGUGCUGGAACUUCUCAGGAGUGAAGAUGCAGACAGAUUCUUCAUGGAUGCAGGAAAGUACAGGAAGGGCGGGAGUGAGAGGCAGAGGAUGGUGGCGAUUGGAGCUCUUGAGACUGGGGGACAGAGGAUGACAGGAGUGGUGGAGGUUGGGACGUUCAAGGAUGGGGAUGGAUGUCCGGUUGUGUACCACCUGAGGUUCAAGCCAACCAGUAUAGGGUCGAUAGGAGAUGUUAUAAACCCAGGGGUUGUUGAAGCAAGUGAUGUAGGCAGGGUAGACGAGGGUGAAGAAUGUGAGGAUGCGGACAAGUUUGUGUAUCCAAAAGGAGUAAGGUUUGAAACGGUGAAGGAGACAGGAUCAUUUCAGAUAGUGUGGAAGAAUCCUUCGGAUACCUCUGAGGUUCUCCGUCGUCUUAUUGUUUAUUGCAGGCCAUGUGUGAUCUGA